UCCGUUCUUUUUCAAAGAUGGCUACUUCCACAAGUAAACAUGCGACUUAAUCCCGUGGCUAACGACGUCCAAGCUAAACAGUUCUGUGGCGUGUAUUCAUGCCACUGAUAAGCGUGUUAUCGAGAAAUUAGACAUUAGCUUCCUGUGGUGGAUUGGUAUUAAACUGCAUUUCACUUUUUGAGUUGGUGUACACGCCGUAAAGUUAGCAGUUAGCCAUGGCGGCGCACACCAUAUUUGUUGGUUCUCUACCAGAUUCAGCUUCUAAUGAGCGACUCGAAGAAAUAUUCUCAGAAAUUGGUCCGGUAAAGAAAUGCUUCGUGGUCAGAGAUAAAGAGACUGAAAAAUGUCGGGGGUUUGGUUUUGUCACAUAUUCCAUGGAGGAAGAUGCACAACGAGCCUUAAAAGAAAUUAAAGAAUACGACGGGCAGAAGCUGUCCCUGACAGUGGCCAAGAGUAAAAUCAAAGACAAAAACAAGAAAGCACCUACAGAGGCAGGCACUGCUCCAAAGGAGAAUCAGCAGAAAGGCUCCAAGAAAAAGCUACUGAAAGCAAGACUCAUUAUAAGGAAUCUCAGCUUUAAGUGCACAGAGGAUCAUUUGAAAGAAGUAUUUGCAAAGUUCGGGACAGUUGUUGAGGUCAAAAUCCCCCUCAAACCUGACGGGAAGAUGCGUGGAUUUGCAUUUGUCCUUUUUAAAAAGGUGCCGGAGGCGUCAAAAGCGCUUAAUGCUAUGAACCUGAAGGAGAUAAAAGGCCGACCAGUAGCAAUUGACUGGGCUGUACCAAAGGACAAGUUUGUUACUACACAGCAGUCCUCAAAUUCAGCCAGUACAAAUCCAGAAGAAGCAAAUGCUAACACUGACAGCGACACUGAUGAUGAGGAUGAAAAAAAGAAGAAAGCUCCACCUGAGAAGAAAAAUGUCAGUUCAAAAUCAGCUGUGAAGCAUACGGAGGAAUUUGAAUCAGGUAAUGAAGAUGGGAGUGAACAAAGCAGUGAAGUGAGUGAUUCUGAUGAUGAAAAAGAUGAGGAGGAACAGGAGGAUGAUGAUGAUAGGGAAGAGGAGGAGGAGGAGGAGGAGGAUGAUGAUGAUGAUGAUGAUGGAGAUAGCCUUGAUUCAGAUCAUGAUGAUGGCAGUAUGGAUGAAGAGGAUGAUGAAGAGGAUGAAGAAGAUAAAUUAGCUCAGAAAAAGACCUCGAAAAAACAGCUUCCUUCAGAUGUGAAAGAGGGCAGAACGGUUUUCAUCAGGAACCUGUCAUUUGACACGGAGGAAGAAGACUUAGAGGAAGUUCUCCUUCAGUUUGGAGAACUUAAUUACAUAAAGAUUGUUCUCCACCCAGAUACAGAACAUUCAAAAGGUUGUGCCUUUGCUCAGUUUAAGACUAAAGAGGCUGCAGAUAAAUGCAUAGCUGCAGCACAGGAUGAGGCAGAGGAUAGUGGUAUCCGUAUACAUGGCAGAAAGCUGAUGAUUGUUGCAGCAGUGAGCAGAGAAGAUGCCGUGAAGCUGAAAGUCGAUAAAAAGAAGGUCGAAACAGGCACGAGGAACCUGUACCUGGCCAGAGAGGGAUUGAUUCGUCCAGGAACCAAAGCUGCUGAGGGUGUACCUGAGACAGACAUGGUCAAAAGAACCAGAUUUGAAGAAAUAAAGAGGGCCAAGCUUCGGGACAUAAAUGUGUUUGUGUCAAAGACUCGCCUGUGUGUGCACAACCUGCCGAAGUCAGUGGACAGCAAAAAACUCAAAUCACUCUGCCUUCAAGCUGUGAAAGGAGUAAAGGGAGUUCGCAUCACAGAGUGCCGAGUCAUCUACGACAAGAAGCCCGAGAAGGGUCAAGUGAUGGGACAAUCGUUAGGCUAUGGCUUUGUUCAGUUCCAGGAUCAUGAACAUGCUCUCGCCACGCUUCGCUACCUUAACAACAACCCUAACAUCUUUGGCUCACAAAAGAGACCUAUUGUUGAGUUCUCCCUGGAGGAUUUAAGAAAACUCAAAAUAAAAGAAAUGCGUCAACAGAAAAGCAAGGAGUUUUUAAAAAAUCAGGCCAACAAAGGAGGAGUGAAACCCAAGUCCCAAACAGCUGGAGAUGGAAAAGGACCAGGGAAAGGUGGGAAUAAAGCACAAUCCUCACUGAAGAAAACGGCAGAGGAAAAAAGUAUUCCUGAAGGCCAGAAACAAGACCUACACUUUUCAGGCUUCCAGACCACACCUGAGGUUGAACACGUAGAUUUGCAGAAUGGGAAGAAACGAAAGAAAGUGCUGCCUUUGCCUUCCCAUCAGGGACCAAAGAUCAGAUCACGUGACAAGAGAAAGCAGCAGAAAGCCCCCCCGCCUAAGAAAGCCAAGCCUGGAUCGACCAGGAAGGAGCGACCAAAGCGACAGAUUGAGAAGCCCACACAGCCCAGAAACCAGAAGGUUAAAAUUGAUAAGAAGCAGUUCAAGCAAAAGCAUGGAGACCGCUUUGAGAGCCUGGUGGAGCAGUACAAGAAGAAACUGAUGGGCAACAGUGACACCAGCAUCAAAAGAAGUAAAUGGUUCAAUAGUUAACUGUGUGUGUGUGUGUGUGUGUGUGUGUGUGUGUGUGUCUGUGUGUGUGUCUGUGUGUGUGUGUCAGGUUAAGUUCCGAAAAAACAGGAACUCUAUAUUUGGCAUUCUGUCUGACGUUUGAGAGUACAACAGAUUUUCCUAGAAAUUGGUUUUGUGUCAAACUGAAAGUAACCUGUACAGCUUGAUGCCCACAUGCUGAACCUCAUUCAUUCUGUUUGUUUACUCUUUUAACCAGCGAAAUAAACCUAACUAUGUAAGGAUACAGUUUUGUACAUGUACAUGGAUUUUAAGGAGAAAAUAAAGCGUUGUAUUUUGUUGCGACUCAC